UGUAAACACCAAGCCUCAGACUCAGAGGAGAAGCUUGAUCCAUCUGACUCUGGAUGCCCCGGCUCUCUCGGCCUUCGCUCCACCACUCCCAGGCCACCCUCGGACCCUCCUCGCCGCUUCCAUGGCCAAGGCAAAGCUCUCGGGGCCUGGAUAACACUGGCACCACACCACCUGCACCACCUGGCCCCCCUCAACACAACACCGGCGCCCACUCCCAACCCUUGCUACCUGGACACCGAGGAGACCACCGAGCACUCCUGCGAUGGUGCUCUAUUCCGCCAUGUUAUCAAGAGUGGCGACGGUUGUGGUGGUGCGUCAAGCCAGCCACUCGGCCUUCAGACUCCCUCCAAUCAAGUUCCGUCACAGCGCACUCCCCUCUUCCAAGAAUGAAGAUGUGCCAGUCAUCACCUCACCUGUCAUCCAUGGGAAGGAGCCAGGCAGAGAGAGGAGAAGAGGAAAAGGAGAAGAAAGGGCACAGAGGAAACAAAAAUCAUUCAAACAACCCCAACCAAAACAGGAAAAGAGCUUAUUGGCGUGUAGAGAAGAUUCUAACACCAGCAAAAAUGAUGCAGAAUCACUUGUAAAUCCAAAAAAAAACAAAUAUACAACAAAACCAAGAACCAAAUUCACCACCAAAUCACCCAGCCAGUCGGUGGAGGACACACUCGCCAGCCUGGGGAUUAACGUCAAAGGGGAGAUCAUCUUUGGCAUCUUCCCCGUUCUCCUCGCCGUCCAGGCCAAGAGGAGGACAAUACACCAGUUAAUAUACAAGAGUGAGUCAGGAAACACCAGUGCCAAGAUUCAGAACAUACUGAACAUGGCGCAGAAUCAGGAUGUGCCAACAGUAAGCUUAAAACCUUCAGAAUUCAAACAGAUCUUCCAGGGCGACCAGGUCCAUCAGGGUGUGUGCUGUGAUGCCAGUCCCCUGCCGUUUCUUACCCUGAACGAGGAUUACCCAGAGGAGGAGGGAGAAGGUGGACAUGGGAAGCAGAAUGAGGAUGGUGUGAAGGAAAGCAGACACCAAAGAGAGGGAAAAAAAGAUAGCCAGCUAGCAGAAGAUCCGAACCAGAAAGGGGAGGAUAAAAGGCAAGGGGAAGAGGAGGCGAAAAGCAGACUGACAGAAAGAAUGAAGCACCAGAGAGAGGAAGAACAAGAGAGCCAGCAAAAGGGGAAGGAAGACAGGUACAUCACUCAAGCAGUAGAGAAAAAUAAACAGAGCCAGCAGGAGAACCAUCAAGCAGGGAUAGAGAGAAGGCAGCAGAAGUUGUGGCUUUACCUAGACCAGAUUCAAGACCCCAUGAACUUUGGCACAGUGCUGAGGUCGGCUUACUUCAUGGGUGUGGACAGAGUGCUGACUUCAGAGGCUUCCAGCACGAGGAUCACCAGCACCGUGAGCAAGGCGAGCGCUGGCGUGGCGGAGGUGUUCCCAGUUCACCAGGUUAAGGACCCCAUCCAGCUGGCAGCUUCCCUCACACGGACCGGCUGGGAGCUUGUCUCCUCCGCCUCGCCCAGUGGUGCUAGCGGCAGUGGAGAUGAGGAUAGUAGUGGUGCCGACCUCACGGAUGUCACCGCCUUCUACCCCAAAGGAAAUGUUCUGCUUAUUGUUGGUAACGAGGGGAAAGGCAUUUCACCUGAGCUUCAGCGAAUGUGUCACACGGUCCUCACCAUCAGCCCGGGACGCAGCCUCCACCCUCACCUCCAGUGCCUCAAUGUCUCCGUGGCCACAGCGCUCCUCUUGCACAGCCUCUGCCAAAAGCUGUCUUCUCGGAGGCCUUAAGACACCACUCCUAGCCUGAGUUGUGAGCGAUGGAUGUAGUGAUGGGCACAAGUGAAGACAAGAAGACGAGACAAGACAAGACUGAAGACGAGAACCGUGACGCUAACACAAGAAGCAGCCAAUCCCAGGGACACGUUUAUGAGGUGCUGGCAUCUCUACCGUCAAGGUGUGGGAUCCGUCAGGUGUCACAUCCACCUCUGCCAGCCUUGAGGAGGUGAUGCCUUGCACAUAGCCACAUGACGAUCCAGCUGUCACUCACGCUUCAGGAGUGGUCUGAUGGAGAAGAGAGAUGAUGUACAGUAUCAUGAGUUCCCAAGUCAGGAAUACAAGUGUAGCUUUGUUACUUCACGGCUUGCCUAAUGUGAACUUCCUAUGACAUGAUUAUAUAAAAGGGUUAUUUAUGAAUGUCUCUAAAUAAACUUCAGGGGCACUCA